CUGAUGUGAUUUUGAAUGUUAUGUACCAUUACAAGAUCAACUGCUUCCUUCCGGAAUAUCCAAGGUUGUUAUGAUGGUUCUGGCCUUCAGCAAGCAAACAGAAAUAAACUGUUGCCGUGUAUUCAAAAGAAAAAUAGUAAUUUGCUGAAUAUACAUCAAAGAAUGCAACAUUUUUAUGAGGAUUCCAGUGGAGAGGAAGAAAGCUAUUCUGAAAAAGAAUAUGAGUCAAAUGAACAAAGAGAAAACAUAGAUUUAACCCAGCAGUCAGACAAUAAUGCUGAAUGUAAUCGCAACUCUGACAGUCCUGUCUCAGAAAAAGGAAAAUCCCAUUCAGGUGCAGACUUUAAUCACAAGGAUGAGAUAGUUACUGCUGCAACAUGUAGGAUCCUUACUGAGAAACACAUAAAGCUGCACACUGAGGGAGCUGUCUCUACUUUCAAGAAGAAGACAUCUGAUCGAUUGUCACCCACUCAGAUCAAUAAUAUACUGCCAGAACCAUACGAUGUUUUGGUUGAAAAUUCCACCCAAACUGAUUUCACAGAGUCUGUCGAUCAGAAUAUUCAUCAACAAGCAGUUAACAAUGAAAUAACAUCUGGCUCAGUCACUAAUUAUAAAAUUGUGGUAAAAACUGGUAAUAAAUUAGGUGCUAGCACCAGAGCUCAAGUUAAAAUAGUGCUAUAUGGAGAUCGUGGAAGAACUAAACCUAUAGAUUUGCUUGAAUCGAAGACAAACAAGAUAAAAUUUCAAAAGGGAAAGGAGGAUCAUUUCUUUGUGGAGUCAUUUUCUGUUGGUCAUUUGGAAAAGAUUCGCAUUGGCCAUGACCGUCCUGAGUUGCCAUAUGCUUGGUUCUUAGACCAAAUAACAAUAUAUGACCUUCAGCAGAAAUGGACCUAUGAAUUUCCUUGUGCUCAAUGGCUUUCUGGACAAGGUGGAGACAGAAAGACAUGCCGUGACCUUGUACUUGGUCCCUACUGUGCUACUAGUGAAGAUAUUAAUAAUGUUCCAGUUGAUCCUCUCAUUCAGUUAUUAUCAGAAACUGAAAAAAUUGCUGAAAAAAACCUUGAUACUAAUAAUACAUCAGAUUCAAAUCACAUCACUUUGUAUGAUAGACUUUAUAUUAGGGAAUCUACUGAUGAGGAGAGCACCGAGGAAUCAUCAGAAUCAAAUGAAAGCUGUACAUCAGAGGAAUAUGAAAGUGAAAAGAAAGUAAUCUCUGUACAAAACUAUGUGACAGUUGAAACCCAGACUGUAAAUGUAAACAAUAAGCCUCACAUGACAACUAACAUUCCACAAACGACCUCAUAUGUAAGUAAAACAUCGAAAUCGAAGUCCAAGCAUAAAACUACAAAGUCUAGCAGUUCUAGACAAAGCAGCCUUGAUACUUCAACAGAGGAUUCAAGUUCAACAUCAGCUGAUUAAAAUCUGUAAAUUGUUGCUAAAAUUCUAGACUAAAUCUAAUGUAUUUUAAAAAAUAGUGUAAAGAAUAUUUCCAAUUUAAACUUAGUGUUUGCUAAAUAUUAUCAAAGGAAGAUUAUAGUUUAACAGUAAAUAUUUGUGAGAAUCAUUUGGCCUUUGUUAUAAAUAGCUUACUGCUUAAAUGAAUAAAAUUACAAAACUGAAGUUCUUAUAUGGGAAAACUUUAUCCAAAGUAAAAAAAUGCUAUCAAAAAGAUAAUUAUUCCAGAAAAAAUUCACAAUAAUGAAAAAUGGAUUUAUUUGACAAACAAAUAAUUGUUUCAGUGGGAUGCUUUUGCAGUGUGAAUGAAAUAAGUGUAGUUCAAUAAUAUAUGUAAUUAAAUAACUUGACCAUUAACCAAUAGAGACAGCUAAUUAAUUUUAUCGUUUGUUCGUUACAUAAAAGAAAGAAUGAAUUUAUAAGGAUAAUAAUGUCAAGAUUAUAAUGACAGAAGAACAAUAACAGUAGUGUGGAAAAUCUAAAGAAGAAAUAUUUAUUGUGUUCUGUUACUGCCGUGAUUUGAAUAUAGGUGCCAUAGUAUGGUGUGGAUAGCCAGAUUAUUUUAAAUCUAAAAAAUAUUGUUCUGGAUCAAUAAACAGAACAACAUAGAUUUUGAAAUGUGAAGUUGACUGAAAUAAAUUAAUGGAUGUUAUCAAGAAUUUCAUAUUUUAGGAUUAAAAUUUUGAUAUGAUAAUAUUUGUUCAUUGCUAUCAAAAUAAAGGUUGGUGUGAUUUGAUGAAUAAAUAAAAUAAUUUUAUCAAACUAGAAAAAAAACAAAACAUAAUCGCUUUUGUAGAUCCAGGCCAGCUUUUGGAAAUUUAGUAAUACAUGCAAGAUAAUAUUGGAUUCAUAUGUUUGAAAGGAAUCCUAAAAGGAAUAACAUUUGUAAAAUGAUACAAAUAAAUUGUUUCCAAACCUUUUAUUAAUUUAUGAUUGAAUUAUAAGAAUUUAUUCUGAUUUAAUAUCUUUUUUUUUAAUAGGUCUAUAAUAUUUCUGAGGCAAAUUAUGAUUAAUUGAUCAGUUCAUUUAUAUCAAAUAUCAUAUAUUUAGUUCAGUAUUAUGUAUUUUUCCAAUAUGUUGCCAAAAAAAGUAUUAUAUUCUGAAAAAUAGGAAUUGUAAAUUUAUUGAUAAAUGUUGUUAAAUAUCUUAGCAGGGUAAUGGAAAUAGUUGAGAUAGGAUGCCUUGUUUUGUUUUGGGCCCUCAACUCUUUGAUGGAAUUGUAGGGGGUUGAUACCUUGAUACUCAGUGUCUUGGGAAUUUUUAGAAUGAAUGGAGCCCAUCACUCUCCACAGCUGAUUUCUUCCAGUAUGAGAGAUAAACAGAGAAAGAAUGAGUGAAAGAAAGAGAAGAAUUAACUCCAGAACAGGACUGGUAUGUUAUUCAUCAACCCCAAAAAAAGUGAAAGGCAAAGUUGACCUCAGUAGGGUUUGAACCCAGAUCACAGAAAGCCUGAAGGAUUAUAACAAAGCAGUCUAUCUGACACUCUAACAACUUUGCUACUUCAUCACCAAUGAGGCAGUAUGGCUUCUUACUAAAUACUUUACAGUCUGUUUAGUAAAUAUUGUAAAGUAUUUAAUUCACUCUUUAUAUUUUUGGCUUAAAUCCUGCCACCAGACUCUAUUUUGUUCUAAAUUUAACAAAGUAUCAAUAAUACAUGUUUGUGUUAAUUUUAAUCAAUUAUACUCUUUCCAUAAAAAAACUGCCUGCAUCUAGCCAAAAGAAAUCAAUAAUUAUUGAAGGUUUUCUUAGAAAAAUUAUUUUGAUUACUGAGUAUUAAAUUUGUGAUGUGAUAAUUUUAUUCAAAGCUUUAUUUCAACUCUAAUCAAUUUGUCUUUUUGACAACAAUAACAACAGUAUUGAUACAGUAUUACAUUUCCUUCCAUCGUUACCAAGUUAUUUCUCAGGGUUUGACAAAUGUAUUCAUUAAUAAUUCAAAUUGCAUGACAUGUAAAUUCUUCAAAUAAAGAUAAUUUUUCUGUGAAGGAA